GCGCCCCGCGCGAUUUUCCUCCCGCCGCCACGAGGUUCGCGCCUGCUUUCGCCUUCGGCCUCCCGCUGCUUUCUCGCGCGCGCGACGGACGACGACGAUGUCCAAACUCAGCAAUAGCAUCCUGAGUCUCAAGUUUAUGCAGAAUGCGCAGCGCGCGAAGCAGCAGAAAGAGGUCGAGAUCGAGCGCGCGAAGGUGAAGGAUGAGGCGGAGUGGGAGGUGCCGAAGGAGGUGAGGGAGGGAUGGGGGCAGACCAGCUCAACGAGUGCUGUAUCGUUGGAAGAUUCGUACCUUCCGUUCUUGUACCCGGUCCUGGAGACUGCAGGUGCGGAGGCACCUAUCAAAGGGCGUAGGAGAUAUAAGAAUGGGGAACUGGUCAAGGAGGAGAUUCCCGAAGUGCCGACACCGUCCGAGGAAGCAACUGCGUCGACAUCGAAGGCAGAAGACCCAUCAUCGCAUGAUUCUCCCUCUCGGAGGGACUCUGACCGCUCCGGCAAGCCCAAGAGUGGCCUCAGCGCUCUGAAAAAGAGGCGGAAAGACUCGAGGCACGAAGCAACAGACGACUCCCAGAUACCAGGCAAUGCGAAGACGGUCCAAGAUCUGAUUCGUGAGAACGCGGGCAUCGGCGUCGAUCUUCGAGGCGCGCGAGCGGCUCCUGCGAAAUCAGCGCCGAGCCCUCCGGUCUUCUUGAAGCCGUCUGGCGUCGAUGAGCCGUCCAAGGCGCCCGCCGCAUCGUCCACCGAGAAGACGGAACAGUCGAGCGAUCCUACACCUUCUGGCAAACCUACGAAGAAGGCCAAGCGGAAGAGCGAAGGCGACGGCGAGUCUGUGAAGCCCAAGAAGAAGAAAAGAAAGGAGCCUGCAGCGUAGUCGCCUCGCGGGGAGCGUCGUACCUUUCCAUCUCUUGCGGUGGCACGAUAUGUCACUCGUUUCGCCUUCGUACCAGACUCCUCAUACGCCGCGAGCCAAUCCGGAUAGGCUGGCGCUUGCCGACGACUCCCUGGGCAACCAUUGCAACGCAUCCAUUUCGACCUCUUUCUCUACGCAUGUGCUGCCUCCCUCUUUAGCUUUGUAUCUGAUACUUCGUCAUACGCAGAUCUUCUGGUCCUCGCUAGCGGUCCGAAAUAGUAUACACAAUUUUGUAUGACAAGUGCAACGCAGCCCAGUUCGCUCUUAUGGCGCCCGUUCAACCGUCC